AUGCCAACAGAAGUCACUCCUCGAGGUACUCUCACUCAUAUUGGAGGAUGGAAGUUGGGCAAAACGCUCGGCAGAGGUGCAUACGCUCACGUUCGACUUGCCACUCAUCCGAACGGGCAUAAAGCGGCCUGUAAGAUCCUGCCGGCUCUUCAUCACACGCCGGGCCAGAAGGUAGAUUGGGAUGCGACAGUGGAUGCGAUGGAAGCACACAAAGAAGUAGUACUCCUCAAAGCUUUGUGCGGAGCUGGCGUUCCUGGAAUCGUAGGUCUCGAAGGGGUGAUGGAGGCAGAUGGUUGGACAUACGUGUUCCUGACUUUAUACCCACAUUCCGCCUCCUCUCUCAAGCCGCCAUGGGGUAUGGAAGCUUUCACUAUUUUCUUCAGAAGAUUGCUCUUUAUUGUAGACAAUUUGCAUCAGCUUAAUGUCAGUCAUGAAGAUCUCAAACGCUCGAACGUUCUGGUAGAUGCUCAUGGACUUCCCGCAUUGGUCGAUUUUGGGUUUUCUCAUUUUAAACCUGACGGUGGCCUAGUGAGGAGCGCUGGUGGAACACUCGACUACUCGAGUCCUGAAAAAGCCGCCGACAUGCCCUACGAUCCCAAGGCCAACGAUGUUUGGGCAAUGGCUAUCCUCGCCUUCAAGUUACUCGGCUACCCCCAUCCAUAUGCUUUCAAUGAUCCUGAAGAGAUUAGCUCUCUUGUCAAGAAGCGUAUUGUAGAAGGAGGACCUGUGUACCAGUUUUCUAAAAGAGCAUUAAGGCCAGGUGGCAUCGCCGAGCUCCUGAUGGGCAUGCUAGAGCGAGAUCCCGGGCGGCGUUGGACGAUAUCUCAAGCCCUCGGACACCGAUCACUCAAACGCAAGUACGGAAAUCCUGCCCCAUACGAGCUGCCAUCAUGCAAUCUUUCUUUCAUGCACAAAAUCGACCCCUCAGUAGUUGAUGAUUUGUGCUUUCUCGCUUUCAUGAGUGGCGAGUUCUUUUUAUGCGAGACUCCAACCAAGAUCGUUAACCGAUUGCACGAUAAACGACCUUGUUGGGAGAAAAGGUGGGCAGGAAUGCUAGGCGCCUGGUCGAAGAGAGCCGAGAUGGAUUGGGAAGACAUCCCUUCCCUAAUCACGCCACUGAAAACAAGAAGUGCGCCGGCCGAGCGCCUUCAUCGAGCGGAUGCCAUUCCCGGAAGAGCCCUCAAAAAGAUACAGCUCGUCCCACAUCAAAACAUGAAAACAUCGAUUCGUGUACAAACUCCUCGUGAAAUCCCGAUCAGAAAGCAGAACGAAAAUACACCUCCGAAACCAGCUCCCAAAUCUCGGAUCUACGGCAUGAAAACAAGGAAUCAAUCUACCAGGAACAUACUUGGCGACAUAUCUGACUCAAUCGCCAUAGAACAAAGUCAAAAUGAGGAUCUCAAAACAGGAACGUUAGCAAGGAAACCCAAAUAUGCAUUGGCCAAGACCAAGGCAAAGAGCCCGGUCCAUAUCGACGAGGUCAGACCAAGACCAGCCAAAAUCAAAGUCAAACACAAAGUUACGGAAAUGAACGUCAUUCUCAGCAGCGAUACUGAAUUUUCCGAGCAAAGCUCGAUUGCACCUCCAGCGGAAGACACUGAGAGGUCUUCUUCCACCUUCAUACAUCAAACAACCUCGCCUACCCUUGCGGUACUUGGGGCGACGGUCGAGACACCAAUCGUUAUUGACGGGUCUCCAAGUAGACUAACAACAAGGAAAGGCGAUGACACCAGGGACAAAGGAACUGUCGCAAGUAAAGGUUGCCGAAAGAAACCACUUCGCCCCCUUCACCACAAUGUGAAAGCUACCACUAGCUUGUCAGCCGAUACUGGUGAGCAAAUGAGAAGCCUUAAACUUGCUCCUCCCAUAAUCAAAACGCCUCGUCGACGUUCUCCCCGAGUUGAAAGUAGAGAAGGCAUGACAUCAAGGACCGGGUUAAGAUAG